AUGGUGGGACACUGGGUCACCUACUAUGUCUUCACCAAUCAGUUGCCCACCGGGCCCCAUGCUCCCCUCUGGGAAGGCCGGAAGGUGGUGAUCCUCGAGGUUCCCGGCACCCCGCGCUGGGAGGACGCAUCCAUGAAGAGCACAUUAACUCCACAAUUCCUCCGUGAGGUGGACUACCUGGUGUGCACAGAAGUGGAUAUGAAGUUCCGCGACCACGUGAGUAUGGAGAUCCUGUCUCCCCUCUUCGGCACCCUGCACCCCGGUUUGUACCAGGCGGCCCACAAAGACUUCAGCUACGAUUAUUGGCCACAGUCCCAGGCGCACAUUCCCCAUGGCAAGGGCCACUUUGACUACAACGGGGCCUUUUCUGGGGGGUCGGUGGUAGAGGUUCCCCAACUGAACUUGGCCUCUCACCAGACAAUGGGGGUCAACCUGGUCAAAGUGAUUGAGGCUGUGUGGCAUGACGAGAGCCACCUGAACAGGUACCUCCUGGACCAUAAGCCCAUUAAGGUGCUGUCCCAGAGGAACU